AUGUCAACCUAUUCUGCCCGGCCCGCUACAGCCUCUCCUUCUCUACGCUACUCUGGCCUCGAGGAGGCGACUCAGCUGACGAGGAUCUCGCAGGUUCGGACCUCUCCUAAAUGGUCGAUUGCCGGUCGGACCGACAGUGACCUCAGAGGGAACAUGGUACCCGGCCCUGAUCUACGCGAUCAACUGAUGUGGGGAGAGGAGUAUCGUGUCGAAUUGGCACUGGACGGCAAAUGGGGAGCCAAUAAUGGUCCCGGCCCAGGAGCUUACAGCCCUAUGGAAGUCCGCGGAUCGGUCCGGAUCGGCUUUGGCAGUGGAAGGAUGGGGGCAGGGACGCGCAAGAUCCCCGAGCCGGGACCAGGACAUUACAACACGGCGGGGACCUUAGGGAAGUCUGGGAAGAUGUUCAGCAUGAAGUCGAGACAUAACCUGGACUGUAAUACUGAGGAUUAA